GGAGAGCAGUCGCUCUUCCUCAGGUGGCCGCCAUGGCGGGACAGGAGGAUCCAGUGCAGCAGGAGAUUCACCAGGACUGGCCUAACCAGGAGUACAUUGAGAUAAUCACCAGCAACAUCAAGAAAAUUGCGGACUUUCUCAACUCCUUCGAUAUGUCUUGUCGUUCAAGACUUGCAACACUAAACGAGAAAUUGACAGCCCUUGAACGGAGAAUAGAGUACAUUGAAGCACGGGUGACAAAAGGUGAGACACUCACCUAGAACAGUGACCUGCUGCUGCUGGGAAGUUGCUUUAUACAACACAGGCCACAUGGGAAAGGCCCCAGUAGCCUUCAGCUCCUUCCUUUCUCCUUAAAGAGCAACGGGGCUUAUUCUUGUUUUUCUUUUUUCAAAAGUGUGGCCUUUGGGCUCUGCCAUCUGGGCUGUGGUGUGUUAUGUGGGGAGAAGUCCAGAGGAACUGUUGGAAACGACAUUAGGCAUUUUACCUUUUCAGUAACAUUUUAUAGAUCUACUUGUCAAGGUAUUUGAGACAUUCACAGCCAAAACCCUGGGACUCUUUGUGAAGGUCCUCCCCGCCUCUAUCUUUCUUUCUCUCUCUCUCUCAAACUUUCCUUAAAGUUCUCAUUGCCUUUACACUGCUUCUGUGAACAAUCUUUAUCUCCUCACCACCUUUGGUGGGAAGUGGGGGGCAGUCCUGGCCAAGACACUCAUGCCCUGGCAAUGUGCCUGCCAGAGAAUGUUGUUGCAGACCCACCAGUUUCUUGUUGAUUUGGGGAGGUCAAGACCAGGCCCCCACUUGGCUUGAAGGGACAUUUUUAGACCUUUCUUUCUGUCACUUGGGAGUGUCUAUGCCUCUCAUAUUUCCCUAAUAAACUCAACUUUUUA